UUUUUCUAUCCGAUUAUUCAAUCGUUUUUUUUAGCUAUGCCUCUUUUACCCCUUACGCAUGUAGGACCACUUCUCUUAUGGUUUAUUCUAUUGACUGGCAUUGUAUAUGGCAUAAUCAAGAGUGCAUUAUAUAGAUCACCAAUUGUGUAUGCUGCUUUGUUACCUGCGGUAUUUGGAUUGCUUACUACAAUCAUGAAUACAGUGGGAUACACUGGACACUCUUUAUACACCUUUGUCAAAAUACAAGUCGCUGUAAAUAUUUUUAAAUGUCUCUAUGCCUCACUCGCAGCUUUACCUGGAUUGAUUGCCUACCAACGUAUUUCCAGACAGAAAGAAAAAACAUCUGGUAGAUGGGCUGUUUAUUUAGGAUUCCUUUAUGUUUUUAUUGUAACUGUUGCGGGCAUUGUAUUUGCCUGUAUAAAUAAUUAUGAUAUUCCUAAAUCUGACAGUCUGCGUCAGUUUAUUACCCGUGGCAAUUACGGUGUUAUUGGUGUCCUUGCAUUACUUCUCAAGAUUUAUGGGAAAAGACUCCCCAAAAAAGCCAAAAUUACUUUGUUAAUGUACACCCUGUUUUACAUGAUUUCCGAAAUAUUCUAUUCAGUUGCAUAUGAUGCCCACUAUUUCAUGUUUGACCCUAUAUCAGUAGCGCUUGUCCAAUGCCCAAUGUUUGCGUGUGUCGUGAUUUCGGUUUUGUAUGGACAUAUUUGGUCAAUGGAUAAACCCCUGGAUGAUGAAAAGGAUGAAUCUGAGAGCGAACUCGAAUUUGAAGAUGAGGAUGACGAUAAUGAAGAUGACGAUAUUGAAGCUAGUGAUGUAACCGAUAACUUUUUACAAGUGUAACUUAUGACAGAAAAUAAGAAUGCGAUACCUAAAUUCCAUAGACCCAUUUAAGAUUAAUUUGUAUAUAAAAAUAAAAAUAAUAUUCAUGAAAAAUCAUUUCAUGAAUCAGUUUCUGGUUCCGGGUCAAAGCGUACUUUUAAAAAGUGUAAAUAAAUGCAUGGUUGCAGGCUUUUUUUUUUUUUUUUU